AUGAAGCAGCAGUCUCUGUAUGCCAAGGAAGAUCCAAACCACACUCAUCAUGGCCAUCAUCAUCACUACGACAGUAGUCAUGGUAGCCAUAGUCGUACCAGCAGCACAGUAACCAACGCCUCCAAGAAAUCAAAUGGAAGCCAUCAUCAUAAACUGGGUGAGAGAGAUGAAUCUGGCCAUGCUACUACUAGUGUAUCUGGUACCCCCAUCUUUAUCGACAAGAAACAAGGACACAGCUUACUCGGAAGCUUGCGUCAACAAGGCAUUCCUGAACCUGGAAGAAGUCGCUCAUGGCCAUACCUCGGUUACAUGAUCAAUGGUUUCAAGAACUUAUUCUUGACGUUUUACUUUAACUGGACAAUGCUCUUCACGGCACCCAUCAGUUCUGCAGCCUUGAUUCUUGUUUAUCCUUCCAGUGUUACGUUUCUUGUCUUAUUUGAAAUGGGACUCAAGCUCUUCAUGGAGACAUGGAAAGGAGCUGAAGUAGUGAGAUAUAUUAGCCUCAAGUAUGGUCAAGGUUUUGGCGCUAUCAAUUGGGGGGCACCUGAGCUACUGUUAUCUGAUUCAUCUGCUCAACUCGUACAAAGAACGCUACCUGUUUUGGGAUUGCCUGCAACACCUAUCAGUGUUGCAGGCUGUCGAAGACGUACGUUUGAUCUCUCCAUAGCUCAGACUUUUGUGCUGUUGUCUUCAUUGAUCUAUGAGCGUGAUGCCAGAAAAGUGAGAGAUGCUUUUGAUCUGUACAGUUCAUCAACGAAAGCAGCCAAAGCAGGCUCCUCCAGCAAGAACCCAGUCCUUGAAGCACAGGCAGAAGGCAUCAUUGAAAGUAGAAUGAAGGAGCUGCUCUGGGAAUCCGAGGCGCGUAUCCGUCAAAUCGCAGAGAGCUGGGGCUUACACUUUGCAGGCGUUUCAGAGCUCAAAUCUCUGGGUGGCCCGUUUUGUGGUAUCUUUUGGUCAGAGACGGUUCCAUUUAUCAUUGUUGCUUUCAAAGGGACAACGCCUACCAACUACGAGGAAUUCCUCGUUGAUGCUACCUUUCAACGCACAGAUGCUCGCUCCUUUUUGUUUGGCUGCGUUCAUGCUGGCUUCUUUGAGUCUUUGUUUGCUACUAGCGGCUUUGGCGGUCAAGAUGUGCGUGAUCCUUAUGGCGCUAUAUUAGCUGCUGUACAAUCCAAAGCAGAGCAAUUGCAAGAGAAAUUGGGCACCAGUGAGCCUGUACAACUCUGGAUCACAGGCCACUCGUUGGGAGCUAGUUUAAGUAGCUUGCUAUUCGCACGAUGGCUCAAGUGCCCCUCUGAUUUAAGCCGUCGACUCGUGCUUCGCGAUGCGUAUGUGAUAGGAACACCAGCAGUUGGUGGUAGUGAUUUUGCCUCUACCUUUGCUUCUCAUGCGAAUCAACCAGUAACACGAGCCUCCACGCUGUUCCGUAUCAUCAACAAGUCUGAUAUAUUCUCGCGAUUACCUCCAGGAUAUGAUAGUAGAACGUGCGGUCGAUUCAUGUCGGAAUCAGACUUUUUCAAUUACUCCCAUGUUGGACAUGCUAUUCAGAUCACCCAUAACUGGCAUUCCAAACCAUUGAAAUCUUUCCCAUCCAGCUACGAAGCACCCACGCAACUGAACAUUAUCACCAAUAUCCGCAGUGAUAGCAGCAGAAACAGCAACUACCAAGUUGUUGUACACAGUAAACUGCUUAAGCAACAACAACAGCAGCAGCUCAUGAAUGAGCAGCAAGCCAUGCUGCCUAAUUGGGCUAAAUUCUUCAUUUACAAACCUUGGUUACAAAACUAUCUCCCAAAUGGCAAUCCAAUUUACUUUAUCGAGAAGCUAUAUCCCUUCUUUAUCACAGAUCAUAUACCAAAGCAAUAUUUCGACGGAUUACAAAGAGCUAGAAUUUAUUAUGAAAACGAAGAAUCUGAAUUGAUGAAUCGACAAAAUCAGAUCAUCACAGAGUCAUUAAAGCUUUAA